CACAGCCUGGAAGCUGGGGAGAUUCACCUGCAGGUACCCCGCAUCGUUGCCCAGAACUGCCUGGCCGUCUCCUCUCCGAGGCUGCCCCCUCGGCCCUCCACACUCUGAGCUCCUGCACCGAGGGGACCUUUCUGGACCAGAGGCAAGCUCCGUGGCCAUGGGCAAGCAGAACAGCAAGCUGCGGCCGGAGAUGCUGCAGGACCUGCGGGAGAACACGGAGUUCACGGAGCUGGAGCUGCAGGAGUGGUACAAGGGCUUCCUCAAGGACUGCCCCACCGGCAUCCUCAACGUGGACGAGUUCAAGAAGAUCUACGCCAACUUCUUCCCCUACGGCGACGCCUCCAAGUUCGCCGAGCACGUCUUCCGCACCUUCGACACCAACGGCGACGGCACCAUCGACUUCCGGGAGUUCAUCAUCGCGCUGAGCGUGACCUCGCGCGGCCGCCUGGAGCAGAAGCUCAUGUGGGCCUUCAGCAUGUACGACCUGGACGGCAACGGCUACAUCAGCCGCGAGGAGAUGCUGGAGAUCGUGCAGGCCAUUUACAAGAUGGUUUCGUCGGUGAUGAAGAUGCCGGAGGACGAGUCGACCCCGGAGAAGAGGACCGAGAAGAUCUUCCGCCAGAUGGACACGAAUAACGACGGCAAGCUGUCCCUGGAGGAGUUCAUCCGCGGCGCCAAGAGCGACCCGUCCAUCGUGCGGCUGCUGCAGUGCGACCCCAGCAGCGCCUCCCAGUUCUGAGCGCGGAGCCGGGUCCCCUCCUCCCGCCCUCGCCGGCCGCCCGGCUCCCCGCUUCCGCUCCCCUGUGUGUCUCCAGGCUGGGGGUCCGAUGGGCCUCCCCUCCCGCCCCCGGGGUCUGCACUCUGCGGGGAGCCUAUGGAAAAGGAAACCUGCCGUUCUCCCCAGGCCCAAGCAAGCAAGCGGUUAGCGCCCCCCAAUGCCAGAGGCCAAGGGAGACAGGCUCUGGCGUGGUCUUCCCCUCCGAGCUGGCCUUCUCCUACCUAGAUCUUAGAAUUUCCACCCUCCUCCCUCCUAACCCACACGCACAGCUCCGAGGCCAGCCUGCCCUCCCCCAGCCAACCCCGGGCAGCUCCCCCUCCCCCGCCCCCUCCCUGGGAGGCCUCAGCCCGGGUGGAGAGCGGUGGAACCGAGUCCAGGUGCGGAGCCAGGCCUUUUAUUGGGAGGGGAGAUCCCGGGGGGGGGGGGGGGGGUUGGGGGGAUAAGGAAGAAGCUUCCUUGAGCCACCCUUCCCUUCCUGCUGCAGCUUCUGCUGGCUGGAGGCCAAGCUGCAAAAGGAAAACCUCCCAAUCCCAGGAACCCCUGCCCGCCUUUCAGCACGUGGAUGAACACAGGCCCGAAGACACAGGGGCAGACACACCUAACUGCCCCCCCUUCCCCGCCCCCAUCCUGCGUGGGAAAGCACGGGCCCGGCCGAGCCCCUCCCCUGCUGCAUGCCUCCGCCGAGUGUCUGUUCUUUUUAAUAACUUCGGAAUAAAGUCUCACUUCAGUGCA